AUGGCAUCACACGACCAGAGCUACAGAGCUGGUGAGACCAUGGGACGAACUGAGGAAAAGACCAACCAGAUGAUGGGCAACAUUGGAGACAAAGCCCAAACUGCAAAGGAAAAGGCCCAACAAACGGCCCAAGCUGCAAAGGAGAAAACCCAGCAAACAGCCCAAGCAGCUAAAGACAAGACCCAUCAGACAGCCCAAGCAACAAAGGAAAAAACCCAAGACACAUCUUGUGAAGCUAGAGAGAAGGGGUCAGAGAUGGGCCAGGCCACCAAAGAAAAAGCCCAAUCAGGAAAAGACAACUCACCUGGGCUUCUGCAGACUACAGGAGAGAAGGUGAAGGGUGUGGCCCAAGGUGCUACUGAAGCAGUUAAGAAUACUUUGGGGAUGGGAAAUGAUGAUCAAAACAAGGACAAUUUUCCAACAAACCGUCGUUGA